AUGACCCGCGCCGACCUCCAACACGCAGAGGACAGGACUUCGCCGAGUUGCGCGCCUAUGACUGAAUGCAUGUGGCGUUGGCUCACUACCCGCUACAUAUGCCCAAUUGUGGGUCAAGGCUUUCCUGCUGCCACCCCAACCUUAGCGUGGCUUUCAGACACGAAUGACAACGUCUCUGUGCGACACUUGGACAUAACACCGCCAUUGAACGAUUCAUCGGUAUGCGACCAGUAUAAGUCAUCACAACUUGUGCAUUCAUCGCACAUGGCUGACCUGAGGGUCGUCUCGAGCCAACACACCUUUCCGCUGCUCUUGGAGACCGCCUUACUAGCUGUAUUCACCGUGCAGACUGUCUACUUUGUCUGUCAUCGUUGCUUGUCGUCAGACACGAAUCGAGAUCAACCGUCUCAUCGCCAUACAACCCAACAUAGGCUACGGGUCGACUCUCUGGUCGGUCUUGCCCUUUGUUUGUACCUUCUUCUGCUUGCAUACUGGGCCAUCGACGUCGCGAUUCUACACCAGGAGCUCUCCAUCCUGAUUCGCAGCGAAUCUUCGCCGUUGUCAGACGUCGACGUCUAUGCGCCUAUCGAGAGAGUUCGUACAAUGGAGAAGUACAUCCAGGCCACUCUGCAAGUAAUGAUUUGGAUAGCUGGAGAUAGUGUGGCCCUGUGGAGGGCGUAUGUAGUGCUAGGGAAGGGCUAUCGAAUGAAGGUCCUGACAGCAUCUCUUCUGUUCAUCGACUUCGGUGCCUAUGUCUCGCAUCUUGUCUACUAUACCUCGCCUAGUCAAGAUCCUCCCCUUUUCAUGGGUCGCUUAUGGGAGAGGGUAUCCGGACCUAUCAGUGUGGUGCCGUAUAUGACGGCUGCCUCUGCCACUGCGUUCGUACAGCUCGCGACGACUUCCUUGAUCUCGUAUAAGGCAUGGUUGGUCUGGACAAGUCGGAAAGGCCUUUUCUGCGGUCCUGGGCGGGUGUUCCGUACUCUAGCUGCAGUGAUAGAGAGCGGCCUCCUGUACACUCUGCUAUGGAUAUGGUACAUUAUCGGUUCCAACGACCGAGUGACCGGACCCACAGCGGCAGCCUGGGUUGACUACUAUAUGCUACCCGUAACGGCUAUGUUUCCGACACUCGUUGUCAUGGUGGUCGCGUUGCAGGACUCAGUUUUAGAGGGUGACGGGCAUUCACAAUGA